AUGUAUACGAUAUUGAUCGCCGCAUUAUCAAUAUGUUGUUUGCUGUACUACUAUUUAACCAGGACAUUUAGCUACUGGCAAUCGAAGAAUGUAGCCGGACCGAAACCACUUCCAUUGUUCGGCAACCUGAUUGACUCCACACUCAGGAGGAAGAACAUCGGUGUGGUUUUCAAAGAGAUCUACGACCAGUUCCCCGACGAGAAGGUGGUAGGCGUGUACCGUAUGACGACGCCGUGCCUCCUACUCCGCGACUUGGAUGUAAUCAAAAAUGUGCUCAUCAAAGACUUCGACUACUUCUCCGACCGCGGCGUGUCCUUCAGCGAGAGAGGAUUGGGCAACAACCUGUUCCAUUCCGACACGGACAGGUGGCGAGUGUUGAGGAACCGAUUCACGCCUAUAUUCACGUCGGGGAAAUUGAAGAACAUGGUGUACUUGAUGGAGCAACGCGCUGACAAGUUCACUGACUUCCUUCAGGAUCUGUGCGCGAUGAGGAAGGAGCAUGAGGUGCACUCGCUCGUCCAAAAGUACACCUUGUCGACCAUCUCGGCGUGCGCGUUCGGUUUGGAAAUCGAUAUUUCGAACGAAAAAAUGGAGUUCUUUAAAAAAUUGGACAACCUUAUUUUUUCGCCAACUUUUAUUGACGAGCUGGAAAUGAUGUACCCAGGCGUACUGAGGAAGUUGAAUAUGGAAAUAUUACCUAAUUGGGUGACAAGCUUUUUCGAGGAGCUCGUUUCGAACGUAAUAGCGCAGAGGAACGGCGUGGCAACGAACAGGAAAGACUUCAUGGAUUUGAUCCUAGAGCUGAGACAGCAGCGUCGAAUUCAUGGAACCAAAAGGAACGAUGACGAUACCCAGUUGACUGUCGAACUGACAGACGAUGUAAUAGCCGCGCAGGCGUUCGUAUUUUAUGCAGCUGGCUACGAAACUAGCGCGAGUACAAUGACCUUCUUGCUAUAUGAGGUGGCUAAAAACCCGGAGAUUCAGGAUAAGUUGAUAGCUGAAGUUGACGAGGUUUUGAAGAAACACGAUGGCAAGGUCACGUUCGAUACCUUAAAUGAUUUGAAAUAUAUGGAGAAGGUUUUCGACGAGACCCUGCGCAUGUAUCCAUUAGUGGAGCCCUUACAAAGGAACGCUCAAAUGGACUACAAGAUACCAGACACCGAUGUCACAAUAAAGAAGGGCCAGAUGGUACUAAUAUCAGGCUUGGGUAUCCAGCGCGACGAAAAGUACUACCCCGAGCCGGAGAAAUUUGACCCCGAAAGAUUUUCCCCCGAAAACUCCGCUGGCAGGCACACCUGCGCUUUUUUGUCGUUCGGAAGUGGACCAAGAAAUUGCAUCGGUAUGCGUUUCGCUAAGGUGCAGUCACGUAUGUGUUUGCUGAAAUUCUUCUCGAAGUUCCGAGUGGAGCCCUCCAGUAAGACGCCGCCGACUAUGAGAUUCGUCGCCAGACGGUUCAUCCUCGCUCCAAAAGGCGGUGUGCACCUCAGUAUGAUUCCGAGGAAGAUU